GGUUGUCUUAGUGACGAUGAAUGAAGUAAUUCUGGGAACGUCAUUUCAAAUCUGUUGCGAGGACGACCUGACUUCAUACAAGCUCGCUGAACUUACAUACAUCAACGACGAAGAUCCAGUGACUGAGGAUACCAUUAAGGGUACCGUUAUCCCGUCAAACUGUUUAACCUUCGAAGACCUGUCGCAAAAACUGACGGCUGAUCAUAUAGUGUUUGAACUGAGACUCUAUACAGACGAAGACGGCACUCAGCAGACAGGAAGAGGCUCCAUAGAAUUUACUAAGCCAGAUUUAUCAAACUUGCCUCAAUGUACCGCUGCCAAUAUCGUCGGGGACAAGAAAAUGCUACGUCUCACAUGCCCAUCAGAGAUCCAACCAGAAGAUUUUAUCAGCAUAGAUAAUAAACACCCGGUGGAAAUAGACUACCGCUCUACAUUCGAAACACAAAUACAAUAUCUCCUUCUAAAAAACCCAAUCACCACAGGGAAGCUCAAGGUGUACCGUAACAUACUAAAUGUGAUAGUUAACGACGGUGAAGUUACAGGUACAGUGGUGGUAUCUAGAGACACAGUGGACAUAAUAGACGCUACCACAACACAACCAACACCUACAUCGAUAAAACUGGAGUACGAACCAACACAGACGACAGUUGAGGGUACGUCUGGUGCCGCAAGUGAUAAGUUCGAUGUUGUGAAUUACUGGGGGAAUACAGUACAAGCAUGCCUAAGUCUCGACCCUUCUACACUGACGUGCUCACUCACUGGGUACGAACCAGGACCCCACGAAGUAAAUAUUCUGGUGGUGGGGUACAAGAAUGACAAUCCCCACACGAUGUUAGAAUCAAAAGUCAAUACACUCCAAGAUUUUGGCAUCGAUGGCAUUUACAUCACAAGCAAGACUAUAGAGAUGAAAUGGACGAUACAAGAAAAUAAACUGAAAUACUUUGCAACGCUUAGUGAACCCACGUUAACUGAGCCAUCCUUCACCACUGCGGAAGUGACUUGUAAUGAUGGAGACACUCAUUGCUACGUCUAUUUCCUCCAUCUAGAGAGCAAACCUUACAUUGUCACUAUUCAACCGUUUAAAGAUAAUGACAAUGCGGACCCCCUCAAUAAAAUAGUGUCGAAAGCUGUUCCUCCCUCGUCAUUAGAGAUGGCGACGAUCGACAGUCUGAUGGAUCUGCCUACCAAGCUGAACAUCAACUACAUGACGUUUAAACUCCAGUCAAACCCCACUGGACAACCCGUGAAGACAGUAAUCAACGUAAAAUGUGACAAGGCUAUACCAAGUGCCACCGAUGUUACCCUCUCCUUCAUUGUUUACGAUGAGGGUGAUAACAGUGUCCAUACCUAUGUUGACAGUGUGGAGGUAGAAGGGGUUACUGAAGCCUCAAAAGAUUACACAUUUCCGAAAAUGCAGGAUAAUGGACUCGUCGCUGGCAAAGUUACUGUCAUGGUAGUGGCUCACGAUGCCACCUCAGCUGCUGUGGCGGCUGGUUAUGCCACUGUCACACUAGAAGAUAUUGCACCCAAAGUUGUGAGAGUGGGCCAAAUAGACGGGACAAACUUCGAAGCGUUCCGAAUCACUUACAACAAGACAUCAGAGGGUAAAGUUCAGUUAGACUACGAGGCAUCCUGCGAGUGUGAUGAGUCUCCCUGCUACUGCCUAGACAACAAAAGAACACCCAGUGAUCCCAGUCCACUGUGUCAAGAACUGAAGUAUACCGACCAACAGAAGGACAGUCUAAUGCACUGUGACGACCAAAUCAAAGCUACUGAGUCAAAGGAGAAGCCAUCCAUAACAGCGAUUACCAUGACGUAUCCAAGUGAGAGUUCCAAAACAGUGAAGCUCCUCGUUGACGCAGACUUCAAGGAUGCUAAGUCAGUCGAGGUGGUGUUUUACGAUCCAGCAGACGGUACUACGAUAAAUAAACCAACAUUCACCUGCAGCGAUCUCAGUCACAACAACUGCCAAGUACCAAAAGCACCAGUGAAGGAUAAAGUGACUGAUUACAAACUGUUGGUCGUGAGCACAAAAGCUAACGACGACAUUCAGUCGAGCAUAAACUAUUUUGAAGACUACAAAAUCAAUGUAGAUCAGCUCACCACCGACUCUUGUAAGGUACAAUUUGCAACCAAGACCAAACAAGAGUACACCAUCUCCAUACCAGAGAGUGGAGGAUUUAACCACACUGACUACCAAUGUGGAGGUUCUGAUGAAGCGGACAUGUGUAGCGUGUAUUUCGUCUCCAUGAAAGCUGGCAGUAAGACGAUCAGCGUGCAGAAUAAAACGGAAGGAAAAGUAAACGUGGUGGAACUUAACUUCAACGUCCAAGAGUCGGAACCAACUUUUACACCUCCAACCUUCGUCAUUAACAAAGUGACUGAGAUCCGGAGCACGACUACAAGUGGUGAAAGCAACGUAAAAGCAACUUCACAUACAGUGUCAGUCACCGUAAGAGCAAAGAAGGGAGUAACCGAUAUUUCCUCGGUAACUUUAGUCAUCAUUAAAGUUAACGGCGAUGAGGGUAUCGAAGAUUUGUUGACUUCCGACGAGACGGGCGAUGUUAAGAAGGAGGACGUAAAAAAUUAUACAUUCACAGUCCCUGGAGACGAUGUUGCACUAUCAGAAAUAUCGUAUAUGUUGAUAGAGGCGAAGCAUGAAAAUAGUGAUUCAUCAGACGUCGGUGAAGCCUCUAUCACACUGGAAGCGAUUCAAUUCCCUGAAGUGACAUUAGUUGGAGCUCAAACCGGAAAUGACGCGUCACUCAGAGUCAAGACGCAAGAGAUGCCGCUAACAGUAAAUGGAAACUCAUAUAAUGCAACAACAACAAAGUACCGCAUCCAAGCUAAGAAUGUUAAUGAUCCUGUAAAUCUCUGUCGCGAGAAAGUGGGAACCAACACACAAUACCCAGAUGAGAUGCUGGACCAAUGUGAUAAUACGCAACCCAUGGACAAAUUUACUCCUAUGAGCAAACCACAGAAAGUACUGUUGACGUACCAGCAGCCAGACAGGACAGCAACUCUAUCCGUGACCACCACAUACAAGGCGCAAACCUCGUCAGUAGAAGUAGUGAAGUAUAAUUCGAGCGACAGUGACGUAUUCAAGGACCCGAAAACGUGUGCUCUGACGCCGAGCAGGAGGUCUACAGCCGGGGAUGAAACCGAAUGUACAACUGCUCCUUUCACUAUCCCAGAAGAGGAAAUUGAUCUGGUAUUGUUGGUGGUGGGAGUGACAGCUGAGUCUAAAGUUCAAGAAUCUGUCGUUGUUGACUUCGAAGAUUACAAGACAACAGUACAGCAGCUGACGGCCGAUGCUUUUGAAGUACGUUUCGCAGCCAAGGAAAACACUUUGUAUAAGAUAAACGUAACACCCAAUGGAGGCGCAUUCAAUACCAGCACCGUACAGUGUGGGGCCGAAGACAACAAGAAAUGCAAUGUGUAUUUCAUCUCGGUGACAGCAGGCCAUUCAUAUAUCGCCAGUGUGAAGAAAGAUGGUACUGAUGGUGACAAGAAUGUGGUAGCUGCAUCUUUCAACAUGGAAAGCAACACGCCAAUUCGUCCCUGGCCAGAACCCUCGAGGAAAGCCACACUGACGCUUCAAACCCACGAUAACACCCACGUACUUGAGGUAUGUGUUGACGGCGAUGUGAGCACUACCUCCACCUACAACUUAGUCAUAUUAGACAUGGUGGGAAAGACCUCCAGCAAGACCCAAACCCUGAAUAACAAAUGCUUCAGUGAGAUUAAUUUGAGUGUCAACGUGAACCAGCAACUCAGGAUACUCGCCUACACUGAUGACAAGAAUCGUACUGUUGUUUUGGAGACUAACGUGUAUCUCCUGGAUAUGUCAGAAACUCUCCAAAUGACCCAAAUUGGUGGUAAAGUAAUUAAGGCUUCGUGGACCAACAACAACAACGGUGACGUGACCUACACCAUAGAUCUUGGCAGCCACAACACUACCAGCCAAGUGCCGUGUAAGGCUGGCCAUCGCUGCCUCACCUACCUUCACCUCAAUGACGAUAAAGAUAACUGGCGUAUUGACGUCACGGAGAAUAACCAAGGAACUGUUCAGAAGAUGCAGGUCAAUGUAGCCACAGUGGAUAUACCAGAUCUUUCCCUGAAGACUCACAGUAUCCAGUGGGACGAUCGCCUCAGGGUAUGUUUCCCGAAGGUGGAAGGCGCCGCUAGGUACGAGUUGGGGCUGCAGAAGGGCCCCGUGUACCUGGAGACCACACCCAAGGCCCGUGUGGAGACGCAGACAGAUGGGGGUGUUUGCGUCUUCAGUAGUGAUAAAGUGGAUGUGGGAGCUUACAUCAACCUGUGGAUGUUGGUCACUGCUUUCAAUCAUGACGGCGGCAUCGUGGCCUCCGGAGAGAGCACCUGGAAUGACAUCUUCCUGAGUGUCGACCGCACGGUACACGCGGCCAUCAAAGAGAAGCACAUCAUCACCUCUUGGUACCUACUAGAGGACGCCUCAACUGUCGACAGCUUCCACGUGACUUUCCGCUCGGCAGACAACACGACCAUAAACUCUUACUCUGCCUCAACCUCCAGCAGCUCUCACACCUUCGCUAUGCCCAAGCCGGGGAAGUAUACAGCAUGUGUGGUGGCUCAAAAAUCCCUACCGAAGAUCAAUAGCGAGGAGGUGUGCAGUAACAUCAUCCAAGUCUCAUCUAACAACGACGUGGAUGUCCCUACAGUUAGUGGGGACAAGCCUAAAACCACAGCGGAUGACGCCGUGCUAGUGACAUGGCAGCCACCCCUAGAACCAAUCAAAGAAGUCUCCGGUUUCUACGUCAAUUGGACCAAAACUUACUCGAAAUCAACUGUAGUGGACCGUCUUCCGCCAUUUUCCCUUGUCCGGCUUCACAGAACACAGAGCGACAAGCUUCAAGACGACUCAAAAGGCUUCAUCAUUGUGCCAGCUUCUGAUACCAGCGUGCAGAUCGACGGCUUGGAUAAAAACGAGAAAUACUCUUUCUGUAUCUCCGCCGUGAUGGACAGCGUUGUGGGGCAGCCGGACUGUCAAACCUCAGACCUCAGCUCAUACAAGGAACUGGACGCACCUAUCGACCUGAAAGUCUCCUCUAAAGGCGUAGUAAAUUGGUCCAGCUCGAUACAGAAGCUCAACUUCUUAGUGGAAUGGACUCCUGACGGUGAGGGCAAACAAGGUCACAUACAGGUCAAAGGCGAGACCUCCUACACGUUAUCCUGUAGUCCCGGAAACUGGAAGGUCUCGGUAAGAACUGUAAGCGAUGAAAGCUACAGCGAUCCUGCCACUGUAGAUGCAACAUUCACAGGUAUAAAUCAAGUCCCCGAACAGGUGGGAGAGUCAAGUAUUAAAGUAUCAUGGUGGGAGCUCCCCCCACCUGAGAAGAAUCAGAAGUACACCAUCUCCGUCUACCAGAACAACGAGCUGAAAAGAAGCCUACCACACAUCUGCUCGGGACACAAAACAGUGGAUGAUUGCAGUGUAGUGUUCGAGGACUUAGUGGCGAGAGUGGUGGAUCCAGUGCCUUACGAGAUUAAUAUUAAGUCCUCUGAUAACACCACUUUCAAGUCUAAUUUCACAAUAAAACCUAUCCCCAGUGUCACUUCCCUCACUCAGACUAUCAAGAGCAGCGACAAGGUGGUAGUAGGGUGGCAGCAAGUAGACGGCGCCCAGUUCUACACCCUGAGUCUGUAUUCUGACGCGAUUCUCACAGACAUACGGGUCGAACACAAGGUGACUCUCCCAACCAGUUUCACGCUGACAGAGGAUAACAUGAUGGGGAACGUGGUGACCAUACAAGCGUGUGUAGACGACAAUCACUGCGGCGACCCAUUGAAGAUCACCAUUAAUGACCCCGUCCCGCCAAGUGAAAACAACUCCGUGAUAGCGGUGUCGGUGUUGGGAGGGAUCCUGGGUACUGCUCUUGUUGUGUACAUCGUGGGAGCCGUCGUUAUGUCACAGAAGAAGAAGCGGGGGUUGAAGAAGGCUAUUGAACGCCAGCAGGAGAAAGUCAUAGAGAUGUCUCCACCCCCUCAGCCUUUGUAUAACGAGUGGGGAGCCCGGCGACUGGGGACACGACCCACCGCCCCACCUCGACCACUGGCAAAUAAGCUCCCUUAAGUAGCAGGCAGCAGAUGACGACCCAAGUUACUCUCUCGUCAUCUGAACCUUUCAUCGCUUCGUAUCAACAGUGGUCGUGAUCCCUUGACUACAAUAUUUCCUCUUGUACUUACCGUCUCUUACACCCAUUUCCUCCUGACAUCAGUUUAGUGCCACAUACAUACAUACAUACAUACAUACAUACAUACAUACAUACAUAUAUACAUACAUACAUACAUACAUACAUACAUACAUACAUACAUACAUACAUAUUAAGCACAUUAUCCUACAAGUUCACAUGGUUCAGUGUAUACAUCGGCAGUGCAAACAAUGAAGAGAGACGGUGCAAGUAUAUAAACAAUGUAUAUAGACCUAACCUAACUUAACAUAAACAGUUGGACACACACAUGUACUGCCUAAGGACGCAUAAGGUACACAAAAUUCAUUCGUAUUAGAAACUUUCAAAAUCUAAAUUAACUUUAUUCUUCUUUACUUUGGGACUGUUAGAAAAAUACAAUUAUUAUUUUGUGUUAUAUUAAAAAUGUGUAACUUUAUUGAUAUUUGAAGUAAGAAGACAUUUAUUUUUCCUAUCCAGUGAAAGUUUGGAAUUGAAAGUUUUUAUAGUUUGAGGAGAUUAGGGAAGCCACAUUAAAAAUAUUGUCACUAAAAAUAUUAAUAAGACAUACUCGUUAGUUUUCAGUUAUAUAUCAAGAAUUUACCUCUAAUUAUUAUCAAGCACUUGGCCAUGUAACAAGUAGACUAUUAUGUCAGUUCAGGGAUAUAUUGAAAUAGUUGUCUCUCUCUCUCUCUCUCUCUCUCUCUCUCUCUCUCUCUCUCUCUCUCUCUCUCUCUCUUAGGGUGUUAA